UCAAGUUACUCCCACAGGAAGCUUGAACCAGUUAAACUAGAUCUUUUCAGGCUCUCAGGAGCUUAUUGACAACCAGCUGUCUGGUUUCCUAGGAAACAAAACUGUUGGCUAGAAAUAGUGAAUCAUUUCCAGGUCACUUUCAACAUGGAGAAUGGAGCAGGGAAGCAUUGGACUGAGGAGGAGGUUCAAGCUUUAUUAAGUGUCUGGGCAGAAAGAAAUAUACGAAAACAACUUUAUGGAACACUGAGAAAUAAAGGAAUAUUUAUUUACAUUGCUAAAAGACUGCAAUCAUUAGGAGUACACAGAGACUGGAAACAGUGCCGGGCAAAGUACAAAAACCUCAAAUAUGAAUACAGAACAGUUAAACAUGCCUACAACUCUGGAGACAGCUCUAAGACUAUGAAGUUCUACCAUGAUUUGGAUGCAAUCUUGGGGCAUGGACCUUCCACACAAUUAACAGAUGGCCAGGCAGCAAGUGGGUGCCGGUUCCUGGCAAUGCAGAGCCCAAGCACAACCCCAGACACCACUGAAGGCAAAAAAAGGUCAGUUGCAUUAGAAGAUAAGGAAGAUACCUUGGGAAAUUCUUUACUUUUGUUUUCUCACAUCAGGCCACUGGCACUAGCUGAUACAGGAAUCUCAACAUCACUAAUGGAACCCCCUAACAAUUCAACUUUUAUUCCAACGGUAGCAAAUGAAGGAGGAAAACACUGGACCGUGCCUGAAGUCAGGGCUCUACUAGGGAUCUGGUCAGAUAAAAACAUACAACAACAACUAGAGGGAACAGUAAGAAAUAAAAGGAUAUUCGAACAAAUUGCGGCCAAGUUGCAGAAAAUUGGAAUAGAUAGAGACUGGAAACAGUGCAGAACCAAGUAUAAAAACCUAAAACAUGAAUACAAGACUGUAAGAAGAGCUCAAGACCUAGGUAUGACUAGGAGUAUGAAAUAUUUUACUGAGUUAGAUACUAUUCUGGGACACAACAAAACAGAGAAAUCACAAGAACGAGAUUGUCAAGAUGCAGAAGAGUCCAUACAAUGUGCUGAUAUAGAAAUGGAGGCUCAGUCAGUCACUGCUGGAGAGGUUACUGAAGAUGACUUGGUCAGAAAUAAAUCUGAAGACACAGGAGUUUCACAUGUAAAACAAAUCUCUGAUUCAAAACCAGCAUCCACAACUCUUAAGAAAACUGCUCGUAAGGUCAUUACAAAUCAAUUUCCUCACCGCAGAAUAAGAGAACCUAAAGAUUCCACAGUUUGCAUCUUCAGAAAAGACAUACAUCUUCAUCAGACCCCAGUGACUCUGCCCAGUGACUCCAGCCCGCUCAGGACAAUGGCGACCGCUGAGUUGCUCACCAUUGGUAAGAAACUUUAUGAGGGUAAAACAAAAGAAGUCUAUGAAUUGGUAAAUAACCCAGGAAAAGUCCUCCUGCAAUCUAAGGACCAGAUUACAGCAGGAAAUGCAGCUAGAAAGAAUCACUUGGAAGGAAAAGCUGCAAUCUCCAAUAAAAUUACCAGUUGUAUUUUUCAAAUGUUACAGGAAGCAGGUAUUAAAACUGCUUUCGCUGGAAAACAUGGGGAGACAGCUUUCAUUGCACCUCAGUGUGAAAUGAUUCCAAUUGAGUGGGUGUGCAGGAGAAUAGCAACUGGUUCCUUUCUCAAAAGAAAUCCUGGCGUCAAAGAAGGAUAUAAGUUUUAUCCACCAAAAGUGGAGAUGUUUUUCAAGGAUGAUGCCAACAACGAUCCACAGUGGUCUGAGGAACAGCUAAUAGCAGCAAAGUUUUGCUUUGCUGGACUUGCUAUAGGCCAGACUGAAGUGGAUAUCAUGAGUCAUGCAACACAAGCAAUUUUUGAAAUACUGGAGAAAUCUUGGUUGACCCAGAACUGCACACUGGUUGAUAUGAAGAUUGAAUUUGGUGUUGAUAUAACAACCAAAGAGAUUGUUCUGGCUGAUGUUAUUGAUAAUGACUCCUGGAGACUCUGGCCUUCAGGAGAUCGGAGCCAGCAGAAAGACAAACAGUCUUAUCGUGAUCUCAAAGAAGUAACUCCCGAAGGACUUCAGAUGGUAAAGAAAAACUUUGAAUGGGUUGCAGACAGAGUAGAGUUACUUCUGAAAUCAGAUAGUCAGUGCAGAGUUAUAGUAUUGAUGGGUUCAACUUCGGAUCUCAGUCAUUGUGAAAAAAUCAAAAAAGCUUGUGGAAAUUUUGGAAUUCCAUGUGAACUUCGGGUAACAUCUGCCCAUAAAGGACCAGAUGAAACUCUAAGGAUUAAGGCAGUGUAUGAAGGAGAUGGCAUUCCUACUGUGUUUGUGGCUGUGGCAGGAAGAAGCAAUGGCUUGGGCCCAGUGAUGUCUGGAAACACUGCAUAUCCGGUCAUCAGCUGUCCUCCUCUCACACCAGACUGGGGAGCUCAGGAUGUAUGGUCAUCUCUUCGACUACCUAGUGGUCUUGGCUGUUCAACCAUACUAUCUCCAGAAGGAUCAGCUCAGUUUGCUGCUCAGAUAUUUGGAUUAAACAACCAUUUGGUAUGGGCCAAACUGCGAGCAAACAUAUUGAACAUGUGGAUUUCCUUGAAGCAAGCUGACAAGAAAAUCAGGGAAUGUAAUUUAUAAGAAAAAAAUGUUAUUUCUUCUAAAAUUCACAAAUUCCUAGUUUCACAGCCAAAAAUCAGCAAGAUCAAACGAUGAUUUUAAAUGGAUAAAAACAGUGUACUGGUGUAGAAGAGCUUCUCUAGACACAAGUAUUAGUAGAAUGGCUCUUGGUAUUUACUCUAUAGGUAGCAAAAUUACUAUAGCAUUUUAGGAUUAAUCUUUUUGCCCACUAUCUAUGAUCAUUGUUAGCUAAUAGGUAACAUGACCUAAUCAAAUAUAUUUUAUAAAUGCUAAUGUCCUUUUUCUAAAGAUCUGAAGUUCUUACUUGCCCUUUUGUGUCUUCGUGCAAGUUUUAAAGAUUGAAAAUGCUUAUGGUGAGAGAAAUAUAAUCAGCUUUCUGGUCUACAGAUUUGAAGGUUGUGCAUUUUUAUUUUUGUUGAGGCUUGAACUGAGGACCCUUUGCCAGGAAAGCAUGCACAAAGCCUUGGAUUCGAUCCUUAGCAACAUAGAAAAGGAAGUUGAGAUUGGUGUUGGAGGAAACAUAAAGUGAGGAAACACUGAGUGGAAAGGGGACUUUUCUGAGAUCUUUUUCUGUAUGAGGACAGUUUUCCUUGGAAAAAGUAGUCUGUUAUCUUAAAGGAAAGAUUAAAUAAAUCUUAACUAUAAAACUUGG